AUGACUACCACAGAUCGCCUCAAGUCCGUACUGUCGCAGAUUAACCCAGCGACAAGCGCAGUCGACCAAAUAUGUCAAAAGAAUCCCGACGAUGUUGUGAUUACUUUAGCCAUCCGAACGCCACUAUGCAAGUACAAGAAGGGCGGCAUGAAAGAUACGACGCUGGAUGAUAUGGUCUUCAAGCUGCUCGAACAAGUCCGAGCGAAAUGUGGCAUCGACCCUGCUCAAGUAGACGAUAUUUGCCUGGGCAAUGUCAACGAAGGCAGAGCAGCGCACUACUGCCGUGCUGCGGCCUUAGCUGCUGGCUUUCCAAACACAACAGCGGCAUCAAGCUCCUCCCGCUUCUGCUCCUCCGGCUUGACAGCAACUUGCCACAUCGCCAACGAGAUAGCAAGCGGCAUGAUCGACGUCGGCAUCGCCAUCGGCGCCGAAUCCCUCAGCGAAGGCAACCAACGCCUCCCCCGCGCGUUCGCUGACAACAUCAUGAAAGACCGUGAAGCCGAAGACUGCAUGCUCCCUAUGGGCAUUACUUCGGAAAAUGUUGCCUCAGACUUCAACAUUACCCGUGAUGAGCAGGAUCGCUACGCAGUAGAAUCCUACAAACGCGCCGAAGCAGCCCAGAAGGCCGGCCUCUUCAACGACGAACUCGUCCCUAUAACCGUCAAAAAGGACGGCCAAGACCUCCUCAUCUCCCAAGACGAAGUCCGCUGGGGCACAACCUUCGAAAACAUCAACAAGCUCAAACCCUCCUUCACCAAAGACGGAAAGUCCACACCCGGCAACUCCUCGCAAAUCACAGAUGGCGCCGCUGCCCUUGUCCUCAUGCGCCGCUCAAAGGCACUGGAACUAGGUCAACCGAUCCUUGGCAAAUACGUCGCCACCUCGAUCGCCGGCCUGGCACCUCGAAUCAUGGGAAUAGGGCCAUCGAUUGUGAUUCCCAAACUCCUCUCCCGUCUUGGUCUCGACCUGCACAAAGACGUCGAUGUUGUCGAGAUUAAUGAGGCUUUCGCAAGUAUGGCAGUGUACUGUCGCGAUAAGCUAGAGGUCGACUGGAGCAAGAUGAACCCUCGCGGAGGAGCGAUAGCGCUGGGACAUCCUUUUGGCAUGACGGGUGUAAGACAGAUUGUGACGGGGCUGAGUGAGUGUAGGAGGACGAAGAAGAAGGUGUUGUUGACGAGUAUGUGUCUGGGCACGGGGAUGGGUAUGGCAGGCGUGUUCGUCAAUGAGGCUUUGUGA